CAGAGAAUCCGAUACCGUCAUCCCAGGGUCCUGCCAGGCCUGCGCUUCUGGCCUGAUGGCUCAGUUCUAAUCACACCUGUGCUUCCCCGUCGACUUUGCAGAAAGUCAGAGUCCGUUUUCCAUAUUGUUAAAGGAAAAUCUGAAUGUGUUUGACGCUUUUACUAUCCCUGGUUCAUAGCCGGCCGUCAUAAAUGCUGGCAGCCUUUCUGUGCGGAGAGCGGAUUUGUUUGUGGACUCGUAGCAGACCUGAGCAUCCUGUGAAGAUGGAGGGUGGUGGUGUGAAUGCUGCUGGCUGGCGUUUCUAUGGGAAGGCGAUGCCAGAGAGAAAUGCCGCUGCUGUGCUCUACGUAGCCUGCUUCUUUUCCUGGCAGGGGUCUUAUGCAUGGUGCCCCGCCCUUCUUGGCCCCUGCGUAAUACCCUUACCUGCAGCGCCAUGCGCCACGGCUCGUUUUCAGCUGCAAACACCUUCCUGUCCUCCCUCAGCACUGCGCUUUCACCUGCAUGGUCGUAAGCCUUGGGAUCCUGGCUUCCCCCUAGCGAUCUGCUCGAUUUAACCUCUCCUGACUCUCCUUAAUGUCCAUGUGCCCUAGCUUGCGGUCACACCCUUGGGAUAAUGCGGCCAUCUCAGUCUCCAGACCCAUUUUGCCCAUUAAUUCCUCUCCUGUAGUAUGUAGACACAGAAAAAUUAGCCUGUUUCAUGUAAAACGACUAUUUUUAAUAGUGUAAUGGUAGAUUAAUAACUGCUCAGCCCAUAUUUUAUCUCUGCUCCUCUCCACUUUGUCAUCUUUUAUUUUUUUUAGGCGUCUUGUGUUCUGCCUGACCAGGACACAAUUUACGUGCGUGGGUCUCCUGGUAAAGCCGGCUAGCUCUCCUCAAGAAUAAAGCAUGUCUAACAUGUCUGUGAACAAAUACCAUCCAGAACCAGGGGAUGGAGGAAUCUGCAUUUUCCCUGCGUGCUGCUGUGGAUCUCUGUCUCAUAAAGUUAAGGCUAAGGCCCUUUAUCAGCCCAAAGAUGUCUGUCCCUUUUAAAACACUGGUUAUGUAGGGCUGCCAUUAACUGUGUCCCAUUUCCAUUCCUCGACUGCACAAACUUUGAAAGGAUCCCUUUUGUGACAAGUUUUUUGGAAGUUUACAGGGGGGUCACAAGCUCUUCAGACUCAUCUCAGACCAACUGUGUCAUGCCUUCUGCCAGAUAAGUACACCAUUCACAGGAAGAGGUUUUGGAUAUGAAAAUCUUUUAUCAUAAUGAUUCUUUUGAUCCAGCUCUGGAUAUCACACAGAGUUCUGGGUAACUACAUCCAGGAAAGGGGCCGUAUAGAGUGCACCUGGGCCGUCGCACACUUGGCAGAUUAGGAUUGGGACACUUGUACCCUGAGCUACUUACUUGCAGCCCUCCAUGUCAACAGCCUGCUCUCUUUUUUUCUUAAUUUCACUGGAUAUCCUCUGGGGUUCAGCCCUUCUGAAAAUAGACUGCAUUUAUAAUCCGGCUGGCAUAUGAUGUUUGUUAGCCACGUGACCUGGUAUCAAAGUAAAGCUGUUGUCAGAAAUGUUUUAAGGUAGAGUAAAGGAUGCAAGUUUGAUACUCCGGAUGGGAUCGUCAUCAGGGUGUCGACAGAGCAGCUUAACCCCCCCCCCGGCAUAGUGUGUGGUACACACUGACUGUUCUGACUGGUGACACAGGCGUCAUCGUGGGCGUAGUGAUAAUCCUGGAUGGGAGUGGGCAGCGCUCAUGAGAAGAGGGGGCACGAGAACAGCCGUUUUCAGGUGAUGUGUCUCCGAUCAGCAUGUCCCCCAUCAGUCAGUCGCAGUUCAUCCCGCUGGGCGAGAUCCUGUGCCUGGCCAUCUCAGCCAUGAAUGCAACACGCAAGCCGGUCACGCAGGAUGCCCUCAUGGAGCACCUGGCCACCUGCUUCCCAGGUGUCCCGACUCCGAGCCCGGAGAUCCUCCGGCAUACGCUGAACAUGCUGGUGCGGGAGAGGAAGAUCUACCCCACCCCGGAGGGGUACUUUAUUGUGACGCCGCAGACAUAUUUCAUAACACCCUCCCUCAUCAGGACUAACAGCAAGUGGUACCACCUGGAUGAGCGGAUCCCUGAGCGGCCACAGCAGCAGUGCACCUCGCCACAGUCGGGAACCAUCACACCAUCGACAUCAGGCUGCGUCCGGGAACGGCCGCACUCCAAAAACCACUGCGACUCAUACAACUCGUACCGCGAUGACCUGCACAGCCUGCAUGCCUCGACCAUCCAGAGGAAGUCGCCCAAGGAGCCCAAGGAGUCGUACCCGACGCCGCCACCACCUGCGCAGCCUCCGGCCCCGCACCCGGCCCCGCACCCUGUCCCUGCCACAGAGAAGAGCAAGAGUAGCCUCAAUGUGUCAUACAAGACGGACACCCUGACGAAGCGCAAAGAGGGGGGAGGGGGCAGCAGCGGUGGUGGAGGGGGUGGCAGCGAGAAGCAGUCAAAGAAGUUUGGCCUGAAGCUCUUUAGAUUGAGUUUCAAGAAGGACAAGACGAAACACCUCUCCACAUUUUCAGCCCAGUUUCCCCCAGAGGAGUGGCCGCUCCGUGACGAGGACACGCCCACAGCCAUCCCACGUGAUGUGGAGAUGGAGAUCAUCCGGCGCAUCAACCCGGACCUGACGGUGGGCAAUGUGAUGCGGCACACAGCGGUGAUGAAGCGCCUGGAGGAGGAGCGUGCCCAGAGGAGCAAGGCAAGCUCGUCGGCACAGCAAAGUGCACGCAGUCGGCGGAGCCGGGCUCACCGCAAGGCGCAUGGUAAGACCCGGUCGCACAGCAAGACACGUGCAUCUCGGGGCGACCCAUCCGAGGGCUCCAACCUGGACCUGGCAGGCGAGCGGGACUACCGGCUGUACAGCUCAUCACUCGUACGCUCGCCACGGGAGGGCACGUUCUCGGUGGAGCGUGGCCGUGGAAACUGCCUGGUGCACAGCAACCCCAACAUCGUGGAGUCACAUUUUCCCGUCACACCCGAGUGGGACGUCUCCGGGGAGUUGGCCAAGCGACGGACAGAGAUGCCCUUCCCUGAGCCAUCAAGGGGCACGUCGCACUCUAAGGUGCACCGGAGCCACAGCCACACGCAGGAUAGAAAGUCACGCAACGAGCGCUCUGACAAGGCUAAGGAGCGGUCGCGCUCUAUGGACAAUUCCAAGGGCCCCCUGGGUGCAGCCUCAGUGGGGGCAACCGACGACUUUGACCGCACCACUGAUGACCGGAGCCGAUACUACACGGACGAUGGCACCCUGCGGGCCUCGCAGACCACACCGCACUACUCCCGGAUGGUGCUGUCGGGCACCAAGUUCGGCUCUGAGAUGUGUGUGCCCGACUUAGGCAAGGGUGGCCCUGAGGACCCGAGGCCAUGUGGCCUGUCAGAGAAGAGCAAGAGCAGGGAUGCAGCAUCAGCAUAUGGAGACCCGAAAGCCUGCUCGCCGAAAGCCCUUGUAGUUGCCGCCAUUGCCGCGGAUGAUUAUUUCCAGUGCAAUACAUCCAACGAGACUGUGCUCACAGCACCAUCCCCGCUAGGCAAGCCUGAGCGCGAGACGCCGACAUCCUCGGAUGCCGUGCGUAAGAGCUCGCCUUGUGAGCGGCAGACGCCACAUCCCCUGGAGUACAAGGAGGAUGCCACUGCCAAGGCGCAAAACGGCGGAGGGGCACCAGCGCCGAGCCAAACGCCGGAGGCCAAUGUGGACAAGAGGAAGGAGAUAUUCAGUAAGGACACCCUGUUCAAGCCCCCGCAUGGCACGCCAGCGGCAGCCUAUGCGGAUGGCGGCCACUCUAGGCCGGGCACACUGCGCAAGUCUCCGCAUGCCAAGCCAUCGGAGGUCCCCGACUGCCCAGACCCACAGGCGGCCUCCACGGGAGUGCCAGUGCCACCAGGCCAGGAGCAGCCCCCCAGCGCCGAGGCGACAUUUGACUACUAUAACGUGUCAGAUGACGACGACUCUGAGGAGGCAGCGCGCAAGGCAUCGGCAGAGGACGGGAAGGCACGUGAGGGUGGUGGCACCAUGCAGUGGCUGCUGGAACGUGAGAAAGAGCGAGACCUGCAGCGCAAGUUUGAGAGCAACCUGAGUCUCCUGAGCCCCCGGGAGACGGAGAUGGGCGGCAGCCAGAAAUCGGCCCACUCGGCACGGCUCGACAGCAUGGACAGCAGCAGUGUCACUGUGGACAGCGGUUUUAACUCCCCACGCACCCGGGAAAGCCUGGCAUCCAACACCUCCAGCAUCGUGGAGAGUAACCGGCGGCAGAAUCCAGCGCUGAGCCCCGGUCACAUGGGUACCGUGGCAGCUGGCCUACCGCCCUUCACCUUCCGUGCCAUCCCGGAGCCACCUAGCACGCAGCCGGAGAAACUGCAGAAGUCGCCCAACUGUCUGGCCUCCAUCACGAGUGUUUGACAGGUGGUGGGAGACCAUGCCCACUGGAGACCGAGCAAUGCCCCAGGCCACGCCUCUAGCCUCUCCCCCAGCCACAACCCUGGAAACGGUCCCGUCGCUCCCCCGGUCAUAAGACUCAAGUAAAACCAGUGAAAUGGAUUAGUUUCUAUUAGAACGUUUUCCCCCAGAAAUUUUGGACCACGGUAAUAAAGGAGGGAUGUCCAUCACGUGAGCCGUCAUUUUCAAUCAAAAAUUAGAAUUUUCACUUAUUUUUUAGCGAUUUGUUCCUCUGAUUUUUGUUUCCGACUUAGUCAGGUAAGAAAACAAUCUCCCUAAAAUAUGGAAUAUUCUCUGGGUGAAGUAUCACAGCUGAUCUAUUUGUCAUUUUUUUAUUUAUUUAUUUUUUUGUGAAUGCACAAGGGAAGCCUGAGGACAUGGUGACAGUGUGGUUUGUAUCACAUAGCACGAAGGAGUUUUCGCAUGGAUGUCUCACUUGAUCUGACCCUGACGGAAUCAUCUGCCAUCGUCACAAAGCGACACCAUGAAGUUUGGCUUUUUUAUACUCGCGUCCGUCCUGCAACUGUGAGCUGAUCAGAGUCAAGCUUAGUGAAGAAUGUAGUGUUCCGGGUCUCCUUUGGAGGCUGUUCGUCUGUCUGGAUGGGGGCACCCUGUGAUUUCAGACCAUAUUUCAAACAUCCCUGCCGUACCAAGAAUGGCCCCUUUAGUGGGGGGUUGAGGGGGUCUCAUGGUUAAUCAUGGCAUAGGGUGUCUUGCCUGGGUCCCACGGUCAUAUGUGGCUGGGAAUGCUUGAUUGAAACUGCUCGGCAUUAUUUGCACAUUAACCGUGUUGGAAGGUUUGUUUGGGAAGCUGGUUGUUUUUUUGUCCCUUUUAUUUGUAGUUUGUCAUUUAAGGGCAUCACCGUAUAACCCAGCCAGUGAACUGGUUACAGACUAGUCAGGCAACUGGUGCCAGUGCCCCCCCAAUCAGGGGGUGUGUCUGUGUUGACGCAGUGUAGGUUUUGUCUCAAUCGUGUAGCUGACACAUUUACAUGAACUUUAUUUGGAUGAAAUGCUCUCAUCCAAAGUGAUGUACGAGCAGGGCUGGACUGGCCGUCUGGCGUACUGGGCGUCUUCCCAGUGGGUGGGAGGUUUGUAGACCAGCCAGUUUUUCAUAGGGGACCCCAAAGUCCUGGGCCGAUUUUUUUUUUUUUUCCCCAGUGCAGUCUUGCAUACGAGUCAAGAAAAUAGCACAUAACAAGCAUACAAUUGUCAGCAUCGAUGUCACGCAUGCUCGGCCACCUUGGGACGAAUGUCCUGUCUUAGUGGUAAAAAUCCAUGUCACUUCCUUGGUCACCAACUUACCCUAGAUCAGUUUGGAAGGUUCCAGUUUUUUUAGUGACUGUUCUUCACACGUUUGCAGCUAUGAUAGCCUCAGGGAUCUGUCCCGGAAUUGAGUUGAAAGCGUUGGGGGUGCACGCAACCUUCUUAGAUUUCAGUUUCUACCAGUCGUCUCUGGCUAGGCCUGAGUGUCUAUCGAUGACCCUGAUGCGAAAGGUGUGUGUGUUGUUUUCUCUGUACCGAAUGUGACCAUCAGUGUACUUUGGUUCUAGAGAAGCUGUGAAAUUCUACCCUGACGAUGCUUCAUUUUUUAACUUGUUUAUGAGUGCCAAUGAAACGCAAGGAAAGCACAAGAAAAAGGUGUGACGAUUCAAUGAGUUUGUGAGACGUAGUGAAGUCGAAAGAGGUUCAAGGAGUACAGCCUUGGUCGUUCAUGUGAUACGAUGGAGUGAAAGUGGCGGGCGCAUGUGACGGCACGCGUGUGUUCUCCAGAGGGGCCUCCGAGGGAGCCCGUGUGGGUUUCAUCUUUGUUUUGUCCGCCUCCACUUUGUUGGGACUCAUUAAUGACCUGUCUUUUUGACGACGUGAAAAAUGCAAAGAACCGAAGGCCCGAGGACGCCUACGCCAUGGCAUCGCAGGUUCCUUCUUUAUUUUUGUCUGCAUUGUUUUUUUGGAAUCCUGAAUUUAAAAAAAAAAAAAUUUUUUUUGCUGUUUUUUCUUUGGAAAUAUAAGGGGAGAAUCGCAGAUAGGACUGCCUCAACUAAACAUGUUUGCACUGAAAAGUCCGGUCGGUGGUGACCCUCUCGUCCUUCAGGAAGGAUGGCCUGUGAAUAUGUAAAAUAUUUCAUAUGAAAUGAUGACGGUCCAUGAAAUGUCUUCCCUCAACAUAAUCGAUUUCUAACAGCGUCCAAUAACAUUGUUUUUAAUUGUGAAUGUGUACCAUAUUGUAAAUGCUGUCGCUGGGUCAUGCUUAGUAUAAUAACUGCCGAGGGAAUGGGGGAUUUCUUUUGUAAUGUCUAUAAUAUUUGAAGGUCCCUAUUUGUGUAGUAGUGCUGGUCCCUGUUCUCGUAGUGUAUGUGACAAGCCCACUGGGGAUGGUGUCAUUUACUUUUUAAGACAAUAAAAUGACAUGUUUGGUUA